AUGAGCGGACGAGGUGGAUUCAGAGGAGGAAGUGGUGGUCGAGGUGGCGGCCGAGGAGGUGGUCGUGGUGGAUAUGGUGGAUACGGUGCUCCUCAAGGACCUCCCGAUUAUGUUGUUGAAAUGGGAUCUUUCAUGCAUCCUUGCGAAGGAGAAAUGGUUUGUGCUCGUCUUCCCACACAGUCCAAAAUUCCAUACUUCAAUGCUCCCAUCUACCUUGAAAACAAGACUCAAAUUGGCAAGGUUGAUGAAAUUCUCGGUCCAAUGAACGAAGUUUUCUUUACCGUGAAAUUGCAAGAUGGUGUUGUUGCAACAAGCUUCAAGCCCAAGGACAAGGUUUAUAUUGCUGCAGAUAAACUGCUUCCCCUGGAUCGGUUCUUGACUAAACCUAAACCUCCUGGUGGAAAAGGCAUGGUAGAGAAACGUGGCGGUCGCGGCGGUAGAGGCGGCGGCUUUUCUGGUGGUCGCGGUGGUGGUUUCUCUGGUGGUCGCGGCGGUGGUUUCUCUGGUGGCCGUGGUGGUGGUUUCUCUGGUGGUAGAGGAGGUGGAUUUUCCGGCGGUAGAGGAGGCGGUUUCUCUGGUGGUCGCGGCGGUGGUUUCUCUGGUGGUCGUGGUGGUGGUUUCUCUGGUGGUAGAGGACGUGGGCGAUAA